CACACAUCUUCCACACCCCAAUCCUGUCAAUUGCAGACAAGCAUCUUACCCGCUCUUGUAAUACCUUUGUUCUCUCACAGCUGACAGUGGUCUGUAAUCCGUGGUAUUGGAUGGUUUUCCAUUUCUUCUCACGCAUAGGCUGGAGUUCAAGUUUGGGGUGAAUGAGGUCGGCGUGACACUUGACACUGUGGCGUGUUUGCUCGCUCUCUAAUAGUGCGUAUGCACAAAGUCAUCUGAAGGGUCUUGUACGAUCCCCGCAAAAGGCAGAUCGAGUGCAUUAGUUUGAAUUUCCCAGACUUUGUCAGUUCUAGACGCGGCUGGCUUACGGGCAGUCGAGUGCUAGUGAGGGCAGGGUGACUGAGGAAGAGGCGGGAUUGCAGAUUCAGGAGCGAAAUUUUCCAACUGGCAGUCCAGGUGGUUCAGCCACAUCAGAAAUCCGCGACUUGACGCCCGCUACAGUGUGUUUUGACACAAUAACCAACUACAAACAGCCGUCCAUCUCUAACUACACGACUUUUAAUUCUUCAAGUGUCUGAUCAGGCUCCUCUUUCAGCGCCGGGUACUGCUGCUUGGGCUGGGUUCCUAAGGUUCCCAUGCAGCCGAGAGCGCGUGUUUCCGCCUGUGAGUGGCAAAACUUGCCCCAGCCAAGGCGGUUUUCCCACUAAGCCUGAUUUGGCCUCGAACCAACCUCUUCCACCUUCCAACUUUUACUCCAACUCGCACGUGAGAGAGACGUUAAGCUCGUGACUUCCUUUUUUGGUCCGACCAGUCACGUGCCAGCGUGUCACUACACGCGCACACCACUUUGCCUCAGUCUCAAGAAUUUCUGGUUGACUGUAGACAAUGGAUCCGUCCAUCAAUUCAGCCAUGAAUGGCUCACAGCAUGGAGAAAAUCAUUUCAACCCCAAUAAUAAUUCGUUCCUAGACGAAAUUACAGAUUUUACCGAUCCUGGCCAUCUGCACACCAAUGAUGAGCUGUCACAGUUCUUCGAUCCUGCCCUCUUUGAGGCUUCGGCGUUGGGACCUGGAUUCUCUCAGCAAGCACAACCACUAUCUCAGAACAACUUCAAUCAAAACCAACCCAGGCAGUCCAAUAGCCCUGGCCUAUCUCAGUUCAACUCUCCUCAGCCUUCAUACCAACAUCCUCAAUUUCCCCAACACACCCAACACUCUCAGCACCCUCAACAUCCUCAACACCCUCAGCCCAUGUUUAACUCUCAACCAAUGCCACAGUCGUCCUACGACCCUCGUUUCUUUGUUCGCCCUUCUCAGUCCCCUGUCAACUACGAUGGGUUUGCCUAUCACCCUCAGAUCGGCUAUCAGCCCCAGCAAUAUCAGCAGCACCAGCAACAGCAGAUGAAUAUGCCUCCCAGACCCUCGCCCUCUCCCGCUACCAACUUGCAACAGAGACCACCGCCACAACACCAACACCCCACCUCGGCCGUAUCCUACACCAACAUUGCACAGCGUCAGCCAACGAUUCCUGCGGGGCAGCAGACUCCGGACGUAAUCCAGUUCAAUCCUUACGAUCAGGGUCAUCCAACAAAUGGACCUUUUGUUGACCCAAACAUGUUGUCCGCCAACCACAUGGGCAAUUCUGGUGGUAAGUUCGCACACCAGGAAUAUCCUCCGCCUCACUCACAAGGUACAGGUACUCUCCCCAACUACCAACCUCAGCAAACCUAUUUACAGCCCGAGUUUUUCAACACCUCGUCUUUGGAUCCUCGGUUCUUGGAUGGCGCUCCAGCUCCGCACCCAGGGUUCACUGAUCCGCCUACGAACAUCAUUACGACUCAAGGCGCUCCUGUAGGUCCUCCUGCUAAUCAAACUGGCAAACCCAUUCCUCCAGUCUCGAAACCAAAGGCUACAAAGUCUAUCUCCAAGAAGACGAAACCUGAGUCUCUUUCAGAAACGGACUCGAGUGAUGACGAGCUCGCAAUUGAGGAAGAUGAGCCAGAAAUGAUUCCUGCCGUAUUAGCUGUUGCACAACCUACCGAUGAGAGAGGAAAGCUGCUGUACAAUGCCGUGAAUGCAGUUUGGUCCCCAAGAAAUAGAUCCGCUUCGGUGGAGAAGGUCCGAAGUGCCAUUGCUGCCUUCGGCGAUACUGUGCGUGGCCUGAGAGAUUCGUGGAAGUCCAAAAACGACAGCCUGCGGAAGGCCGAGCUGCCUAACUCUCCGACCGCGUCUGAUGUCACGCUUCUGAAAGAAGAAGUCGCAAAGUAUCGCUCGAUAAUGGAACUUCUGAUGACACGCUCAUUGCUCCACGGUCAUCCAACAAUCGUCAAGAGGUAUGCAUAUCCUGUCUUUCCUGCCCUUUCUGCCACAUGUUACAAGUCUUGUUCUGGAGAGUUCCGGCUCAUGUGCAAAUAUUGGAGCCCACGACUCUUAACAGGGCCGGGUCCUGAUUGCACCAACCUUGACUCUUUCAACAACGUGAUUUGCAAGCUUUUCUUGCACUCUGGGAUGAGAAUAUUGGCAAUAUCCAUAGCUACGUCUUGUCUAGAUAGUGUUCAAGAUAUAACUUGGCGUGACUUUCCGCCUCGAGUUAUGUUGGGAAGAAAACUUGAUAUAUGUUUUGACAUUAAUGCGAAUGCUAAUAAAUUAAUCAGGUUGGGCGAGAAUCAAUUCACCAUGUCAGCAUUAUAUUCCUUCAUGCUUGAUCGUGUCAAUGCCGGAGAUUAUGACAGCAGUCUGGUCAGCAACAUCCUCAAGUUUGUCGUCAAGUUUGAAACUCUUGACACUGAAAUGUUAGAGAUGACCAAAGUCUCCAAAAUCUUACAGCGAUUCACCAAAAAGGCGACCAAUGAAUCUAAGACUUUGGCUCAAACCAUUCUAAACAAUGCCGUGGCCGCAUCGGCAAAGAAGAACGUUGAUGCAAAGGGCGACAAAGCAGCAUCACCACAGACAGUGGAUAGUCCAGGAGCUUUGUUGCGAAAGGAAAUCGUCACAGGGAUGAAGAGGCCGCGAGAAGGAGAUGCCGCGCCACCUACGGCCGCCAAAAAGGCCGCCAAAACAUCCUCCAAGCCAUUGGCUUUACAAAAUGCUGAACGCCGGAAAGCACUGGAGGCUGCCCAAGGCGCCAAAGGAGGCGACAAAACUAGUCUAGGCAACAGUGCAGCCGCUGGGUCAGCGACCCCUGGCGCUACAGCCUCCAAAGGCAAGGUUGCUGUAUUACCACCUCCUAAGUCAGCCGUCUUCGGAUCGUUGCUGUCAGCUUCCAAGAAACCGGGAACCUCUCUUGCAGCCCGAGCUGCCGCUGCCAAAGACAAACCUUCACCUGGAACUACGACAGCGGCCAAUAGUGUCAAGGAUCCUUCAAAGAGAGAUUCACCCCCACGCAAUGGCGCGGUCUCGGCGGCCAAAACAUCCUCCUCAUUCUUAGAUUUAUUAACGGACAUGGAGAAAAAACCGGAGAAGGCCGAGAAGAAGGAGUUGGAGAUCCCCAAUGAAACCGAGGAAGAACGAACCCGGCGACUUCGCAAGGAGGCCAGACGAAGAUUGCGCGUGACUUGGAAGGCAGAUGCGGAGCUCGUUGAGAUUCGACACUUUACUCAUGAUCCAGAGGAGGAAGUUGGUCACAAUGACAGCCAAGUGCGAGACGUGGGUGACAUUGGGGGCGAAGGUGAAAUGCUCAAACUGCAUCAGGGUGUGGCCGAGGAAGAGGAGGACGAGGACGAGGAUUCCUUUGAGGAGCUAGAACCGUACACGCCUCCCUCAGAGGUCGACUUCAACAUCUUGGCCGAGGAUGGGUCUGGGCUUAGCUUGUUUGCCGAAAACUUUGCCAGAUUUGGGGGACCAACAAAAGCAGAGAGCGCUAGCAGUGAAUCUCAGAGCAAGCACGAGCAGGACACACUCAUGGCCAUCUAUGUCUCUAAGAGUGAUCGACCACCAACGCCCAAGGAGCCAGAUGACGAUGACGGAGAAUUCGAACCUGCAGAGCCUGAGGUACCUUUUGGGGAACCUAAAGAAGAGGUCCGACGCCGUGAACGGGAGUAUGUUGAGCGACAAGCUAGAUUGAAGCCACAGACAGGCAACACGUCCCCUGGGCCUCAGAAAUCUUCGUCAGCAAUUCCAACAGAUCUUCAGCAAUUCCUAGGCAAUCUGCGCAAUCAGCAAUCGCAGCCAGUUCAAGUGGCUCCAGUGGCACCAAGCACCAACUAUCAGACUCUACUUAGUUCAGUGGAACAGAUCAAGUUGCAGCUCCAGGGCCAAAAUUCGACAUCGCCAUAUCAGCAACCCGCACCGGCAGCAAUUCCUACCAAUAUUGAUCUGGGCGCGAUCUUGGCUAGUCUCCAACAACAAUCGCAACAGUCCCAGCCACAUGCGCAGACGUCGUCGAUAACGAGUCAACUCUCAGGCUUGCCUUUAGGACUUGGGGCAAACCCAAACCCAUACCCUGGAGCGACCGAGGACCAGUCUCGUAAACACGGUCGUGGGGAUGGUCAUGAUCACGAUGAUUAUGGACGUAAAGGUGGAAGCAAAAAGAAAAAACCAAUGUCUGGAUCUAGCGAGGCGAAACCAUACAACUACAAGACACAGAAAUGCUCGUUCUGGGAACAAGGCAAGUGUCUCAAGGGGGACAAAUGCACAUAUCUUCAUGGCGAUGAAUGAAAUGAGAUACUCACGAUGGCCAGGGCGUCUGGAUCCGAUUGAGGAUCGGCCAUCAUUGUACAUUAUGACGGUUCAAGGUGAUUUGGCGAAGAAGCAUGCAUCAUCAUCAUGAAUCUGAUUCGGUUUAUCCUGUCACUGUCACAGCUCAAGGAGGAUUUUUGCCGUUGAGUUUAGCGCUACAGUGGCCUGUGAAAGAGGACGAUUUGAGAUUCUGCCUGUCAACAAUAGUGGGAGAAUGGACGUCCUCGAAGGAAUAGCAUAGCAUCUUCAUUCAAUUAAUGGAUCGCUAGUAUGAUC